AUGCUCGCCGCAUCACCCGCUCCGGCUGCCGCACUAGUGGGUGGCCUUCAGGUGCCGUCGGCCUCCCUGACCACCUCCGCGCCCGCCCGCCGUAUUCCACCGCAACGCGCACCGGCGUCCCAUCUGCCGCACCCUGGUCGCCGCAUUCCUCCUUUCUUGCGCCGUUUCGCCCACGCGUGUCCACCCCCCCUUCCCCCCCCGGGACUUCCGAAUCCCCUCUCGCGCUUCUCGCCUCCGCCUCGUUAUAUCGCUCCCGCGCUCCUCUCCAUGCUCAUCGUCCUCGUCACGCGCUCUUGCUUCCCCCCGCUCUUCCCCAACGUUCCCCCCUCUCCCCUUUUCCUCCCCCCCUUCCUCAACCCCACCACAAACCCUUCGCCUCGCCCCCCCCCUCGCCUUUCAAUGUACUCCCCGCAGCAGGCCGCCUGCCCGCCGCAGCACGCGGGCGCGCGGGGAGGCGCGCGGGGAGGCGCGCGGGCGUGCACAGGCUGGUUGACGGGCGGAGAGCUGAGAGGCGCGCUCACUCACAGCGCGGCGCUUGGCGGACUAUCCGCGCCGUGCUGCCGGCGGAAAGCUCCUCGUGGAGCGGCGAAAGGGGGUGCUGUUGUCUGCUCCGCGGCUGCUAAGCCUGCUUUUGGGCGGCAGAUGCUGGUGAUGGUGCCACCGCACCCGCUGAUCAAGCACUGGAUCGCCAUCCUGCGCAACGCCUCCUCGCCGCCCCCCAUCUUCCGUGCCGCACUGGCUGAGCUUGGUCGCAACAUCGCUUAUGAAGCAACCCGUGAUUGGCUGCCCAUGAUUCAGGGCGAGGUGGCCACGCCCUGCGGUGUUGCUGAGGUGGAGGCCGUCGACCCCUACAAGCCAAUUGCAAUCAUCCCGGUGCUGAGGGCGGGGGCAGUCAUGGCAGAGCAGAUGGGGCCAGUCAUUCCCCACACCAUCACCUACCACCUCGGCUACGUGCGGGACGAGACCACGCUCCAGCCAACCCUCUACCUCAACAAGCUGCCCAAGUCGUUCAACCCAGAGGCGAGGAUCAUCAUUGUUGAUGCCAUGCUCGCCACCGGUGAGUGGAGCACGCGAUGUGGCACGAUGAUGGCAACGAUGGAGGAGGUGGUGGGGCGAGGAGCCAACCCCGACAACAUCCGCAUCAUAUCGGCCAUAGUGGCAUCGCCAGCACUGAAGCUCCUGAGUGAGAAGUACAAAGGGCUGCGAGUGUACACGGGGAUGAUUGACGCUGACGUCAACGACCAAGGGUUCAUUGUACCUGGACUAGGCGACGCUGGAGACAGGAGCUACGGCACCUUGUAG